AUCAUUUCAGGUAGUGCCGUUCGCGAGGCAACACGUGCAUUUUUCCUUGUUUCUGAUCGAGUAUUUCCAAAAAAAUAAUUAAGAACAAUUUGAACUGAGUUUGAGCUGAACAAGCGAUCAAAGUGUUGACGGCGACCAUGUAACGGUUUUAAUCCAUUCCAAAGUGCUGGUUACCAAAUAAAAAUCAAGUUCCAAGUAUGCCAAAAACUGUCCCAAAGAGUACGAAGAACAAUGAUCUCGCAGAGUCUCGCCGCCUCGACCACCAACACCAUCACCAAAGGCAACAUCCGGGCGGUGGCGGGGGCGAGCGAUCCAAAGUGAAACGUAGACAUAGUGAGCUGGAACCAAACGAAGAUUCUGGUGAGCCUUCCAAGCGACCGAAUCGAACAGAUCCGGAUCAAAUAGCGAACCAACUGCCGGAGCAACCGGUACCUGCCUCCCCGGGAGGGUCGGACUUUCUGCUACAAGCCUUGCGGCGCAUUCAGGAACUACAGGAUGAGAUCGAUUUCCUGGAGAAUGAUCCGUACGCGGAGGAUGCCGACAGUUCCGAAAAUGAUGACGACGGAUAUCCGCCGAUGGAUGGAGCCGUCGUAGUGGGUCACCAAGCGGAAGCGUUGGGAUUUGCCGUUUGUGCUCGGGAAACGAUGGCUUUCCUGGAGCGUGAAGGCGUCCCGGUGGAUAGUCCGAUAAUGGUGAGCCUGAGGAGCCGUCUCGUCGGAAGGUGCGAGCAGAAUAUGUCCUGUUGAAGGGAGCUGUGGGAGAAGUGAUUCUAGUCAUGAGGGAAUUCAGGGUGUAUUUUAAGAAGUACUUGCGGUGAUGUUUCGUUGCUGUGAGGAAUCUUCUAGUCACGUAGGUUUAAGGAGAAUUAAAACGAUUAGCUUUGUAAGGAACCAAAGUGUAUGAAUUGAAAGCCAAAAAUAAAAUCUAAGAA